UUCUCGGGCUAGAGCGUCGCCGAGUCGGAGCCGGAGCCCGAGCCGCGCGCUGUGUCUCCGCUGCGUCCGCCGAGGCUCCCGAGUGUCAGGGACAAAAGCCGCCGCCGCGCCGCCUGCUCCCGCCGCCAGGGCUCAUCCGCCGCUGCUGCCGCCCUGAGGAGAGUCCGCUGCCUUCGCCACCCGUGAGGAUCCGAGAGCCAUGUCGGCCAGCAGCCUCUUGGAGCAGAGACCCAAAGGUCAAGGAAACAAAGUACAAAAUGGAUCUGUACAUCAAAAGGAUGGAUUAAAUGAUGAUGAUUUUGAACCUUACUUGAGUCCACAGGCAAGGCCCAAUAAUGCAUAUACUGCUAUGUCAGACUCCUACUUACCCAGUUACUACAGCCCCUCCAUUGGCUUCUCCUAUUCUUUGGGUGAAGCUGCUUGGUCUACGGGGGGUGACACAGCCAUGCCCUAUCUAACUUCUUAUGGACAGCUGAGCAACGGAGAGCCCCACUUCCUACCAGAUGCAAUGUUUGGGCAGCCAGGAGCCCUAGGUAGCACUCCAUUUCUUGGUCAGCAUGGUUUUAAUUUUUUUCCUAGUGGGAUCGACUUCUCAGCAUGGGGAAAUAACAGUUCUCAGGGACAGUCUACUCAGAGCUCUGGAUAUAGUAGCAAUUAUGCUUAUGCACCUAGCUCCUUAGGUGGAGCCAUGAUUGAUGGACAGUCAGCUUUUGCCAAUGAGACCCUCAAUAAGGCUCCUGGCAUGAAUACUAUAGACCAAGGGAUGGCAGCUCUGAAGCUGGGUAGCACAGAAGUUGCAAGCAGUGUUCCAAAAGUUGUAGGUUCUGCUGUUGGUAGUGGGUCAAUUACUAGUAACAUCGUGGCUUCCAAUAGUUUGCCUCCGGCUACCAUUGCUCCUCCAAAACCAGCAUCUUGGGCUGAUAUUGCUAGCAAGCCUGCAAAACAACAACCCAAGCUGAAGACCAAGAAUGGUAUUGCAGGGUCAAGUCUUCCACCACCCCCAAUAAAGCAUAACAUGGAUAUUGGAACUUGGGAUAACAAGGGUCCUGUGGCAAAAGCCCCCUCACAGGCUUUGGUUCAGAAUAUAGGUCAGCCAACCCAGGGGUCUCCCCAGCCUGUAGGUCAGCAGGCUAACAAUAGCCCACCAGUGGCUCAGGCAUCAGUAGGGCAACAGACACAGCCAUUGCCUCCACCUCCACCACAGCCUGCCCAAAUCUCAGUCCAGCAACAGGCAGCUCAGCCAACCCGCUGGGUAGCACCUCGGAACCGUGGCACAGGGUUUGGUCAUAAUGGGGUGGAUGGUAAUGGAGUAGGACAGUCUCAGACUGGCUCUGGAUCUACUCCUUCCGAACCUCACCCAGUGUUGGAGAAGCUGCGGUCCAUUAAUAAUUAUAACCCCAAGGAUUUUGACUGGAAUCUGAAACAUGGCCGGGUUUUCAUCAUUAAAAGCUACUCUGAGGACGAUAUCCACCGUUCCAUUAAGUAUAAUAUCUGGUGCAGCACAGAGCAUGGUAACAAGAGACUGGAUGCUGCUUAUCGUUCCAUGAACGGGAAAGGCCCCGUUUACUUACUUUUCAGUGUCAACGGCAGUGGACACUUCUGUGGCGUUGCAGAAAUGAAAUCUGCUGUGGACUACAACACAUGUGCAGGCGUGUGGUCCCAGGACAAAUGGAAGGGUCGUUUUGAUGUCAGAUGGAUUUUUGUGAAGGACGUUCCCAAUAGUCAACUGCGACACAUUCGUCUAGAGAACAACGAGAAUAAACCAGUGACCAACUCUAGAGACACUCAGGAAGUGCCUCUGGAAAAGGCAAAGCAGGUGUUGAAAAUCAUAGCCAGCUACAAGCACACCACUUCCAUUUUCGAUGACUUCUCACACUAUGAGAAACGCCAAGAGGAAGAAGAAAGUGUUAAAAAGAUUUUACCUGAAGUGCCAGUAUGGAAGCUUGAAGGAGGUUGGUUGCCUAACCCAGAAUGGAGUAUAGGAACGUCAAGGUCGUGGAAAAUAGAAAGCAGUUCUGAACAGACUGCAGCAACGGUUGCAUCUGCAUAUCCUAAGAGGAAAAUUGACCUUCAAGAGAAUUAGGACUUUUUUCUUAAUUUCAUUGACUUCAGAGACGAUUGCAGACUUGCAGUUUAAGUAUUGGAAUUUCACAAAAGACAUAGGACUUAACUGGAAAAUGAAAAAAAAAAAAAAGAAAAAAACAGAAAAAAAGUAAACAAAAAAUUCCUCUAGGUAGUUUAGGUGAAAAAUGUCCCUUUUAUUUUGGCUUCGGUUGUGAUUUCAGAGCAUAAUGCUUUGGUUUUUUUGUCUUUUACUAUGUUUUUCGGAUUUUUAAGUCCGUAAGUGCAUACAGUUUUCUCUAAUUUUUAAACCCUUUCCUCCUCCCAUUUUGACAUUUGCACUUGGAGAACACUUGAGUUGCAAAGGUUGGGUGUCCACCCCAGAAAGUGGGAAUUUGAUUUUUCCCUUCCGAACUGGAAGAACAUUUUUUAUGAAGAAUUUUUGUCUAGGAGAAAUUUAACAGUGUUACCCAAGGUUGUGUCUUUAAGGGUGGUUCAUUUUCUCUGACCCUUUGUUACUCAAAGUAAAGUACUAGGAGUCCUAAGAAAUGUUCUGUUCUUGUACAUUAUACUGAUUAAGUCAGGAUUAAUUUGAUUUCAAAGCUAAGAACAGUGGUAAAAACUCGUUUUCAGAAAUGCAUUUUGGAAGAGAAAAAUAUUGUAAAACGUGUAGUGAAUGUUUCUUCAGUUUCUUGUUCAGCCAAUGAGGAAAGGGCAUUGCCUUUCUUUUUACCAUUAAUCACUUCUCAAUAAACGUGAGAUCCUGUUGAGCAUCA